AAUAAAUCAGGCAUCGACACAGAAGCUCUCGUAGAGAUGAGAUAGAGACACUUCUCUAGUGAGUGAGAGAAACAACGGUAAUGCCGAAAUAAUAAAUCUCCGAAGAUGGAAACGGUAGAUGUCUCAUUCUCCAUCUCUUCCUGCUCCGGCGAGAGACAGGAGCUCGCAAAAAGACAGGUCCCUCGUAGAGAAAGAGAGAAAUUCAACUCGAACGAGGUCUCCUUCGUCAAGAAUGAAAAUAUUAAGGAGAGCCCAUGCUGAGAAAGAGGGUGAAAAAACGAGGGGUAGAGAGAUCGAGAGGAAUUAUGUGAAAAAGGGAAGCGAGAAGGGGAGAGAAGAAUAUGAAAGGAAUCACAGAGAAAGACGAGAGAGGGAAGUUGGGAAGGAGAGAAGGUCAGAGGUUGAAGGAAAGUCUUCUUCUAGAGGAAGACAUGGGGGGCGGUCUGCUUCUCCAUUGGGAUCAAACCGUCGGAGCAGGAGCAAGCAUAGGUCCCGCUCACCACCGCCUCAAUCAGAGAGAGACCGCAAUGAGGGGAAAAACUCUUGGGGAGCUGAACGAAGGAGCAGUGAUGAUGACAAUUACGAUGAUUCUGUGUCUAAGAUGAAGGCUGCUGAGGAGGCUUUGGAAGCCAAGCAAAAGAAACAAUCUUCUUUUGAGCUAUCUGGAAAACUCGCUGCUGAAACCAAUAGAGUCAGAGGCAUUACAUUUCUGUUCAUCAAGCCCCCAUAUGCUAAGAAACCUGAUAUAAGAUGGAGACUUUAUGUUUUUAAGGGUGGUGAGGCUCUGAAUGAACCCCUUUAUAUACACCGUCAAAGCUGUUACCUUUUUUGGAGAGAAAGGAGGGUGGUAGAUAUUCCUACAGACCAUCCAUCUCGUAGCAAGAAACAUGCUGUUAUUCAAUUCCGGCAAGUAGAAAAGGAGCGGCCUGAUGGUAUGUUAAAAAAUCAAGUAAGGCCUUACAUGAUGGAUCUUGGAAGCACCAAUAAAACUUUCAUUAAUGAUAAUCCCAUUGAACCUCAGCGCUAUUAUGAACUAUUUGAAAAGGAUGCAAUCAAAUUUGGUAGUAGCUGCCGUGAAUAUGUACAAUUGCACGAGAACUCUGCAUAGAGAUGUUCAUUAAGUGGCUUCUCUAGUAUGAUUUUCUGACAUCCGCAUGCCAGAGAAUCAACAACAUUUUGUUUAUCAAUGGAACGUUUAUUCUGAGUAGGAAACCUCUUAAAUAGCGCUAUUUCUCCCCAUCCAGGGAUUAUCAAAUAUGAGAACUCGAUUGGUUUGAACUGGUCUGUUUAUGGUUGUUUUUAUGCUGAUCGAGGUCUGUGGCCAUUCCAGUCAUGUGUGUUGCAUAGCUGGCCGUUGUAUUUGAUCCUUGUAUGGCUAAUUAAUCUGAUUGAAUGGUUA